CCGGCUUUCUAUCGCAAGAUGUGGAAAGCGGCAACUGAUGUGGCUGCUCCUGCCAUGCCUGAGGCGGAGGACUGGGAGACUGAUCCGGACUUUGUAAAUGAUGUCACAGAGCAUGAACAAAGAUGGGGCCCUGGUGGAAGAAAUGUAGAAGCUAUUGAUAUGGCGAAAUUGAGAGAAGAGGUUUUAGAAGCAGACACAUUGGCUAAGCAAAAGCAAUAUGCGGAAGGACCAAAACCUUCUUACGGAUAUGGUGGAAAAUUUGGCGUACAAAGUGACAGAAUGGACAAAUCAGCCGUCGGCCAUGAUUACGUUGCGAAAACUGAAAAACACGUAUCACAGAAAGAUUAUUCACAAGGUUUCGGUGGGAAGUUUGGUGUCCAAUCGGAUCGUAUGGACAAAUCAGCAGUAGGGCACGAUUAUGUCGCCAAAGUGGAGAAGCACGUGUCGCAGACUGACUACUCGCAGGGCUUCGGUGGAAAAUAUGGUGUGCAGUCGGAUAGAGUUGAUAAGAGUGCCGCCGGCUGGGAACACAGAGAAGAAGUCGAGAAACAUCCGUCUCAAAAGGAUUAUUCGGUUGGUUUUGGCGGGAAGUAUGGCGUGCAGGCCGACAGGAAGGACGCUUCCGCUGUCGGCUGGGACCACAGGGAGGAAAUGCAACAUCACGGAUCACAGAAAGACUAUGCGCUCGGAUUCGGUGGUAAAUUCGGAGUGCAAACGGAUCGACAAGAUGCUUCCGCCUUAGGAUGGGAUCACCAGGAGAAGUCCACCGCGCAUGCCAGCCAGACGGACCACAAGAAGGGCUUCGGGGGCAAAUUCGGCGUAGAAACAGACCGAGUGGACAAGUCGGCGCACCAGUUUGGUGAUGUGGAGAAAGUUGGCACCAACUACACGAAGCAGAAACCGGACAUCGGCGGCGCCAAGCCAUCUUCCAUUCGUGCUAAGUUUGAAAACAUGGCCAAGGAAAAGGAACAGGAAGCUCAACAAUCUGUACAGAAGAUAAGAAAACAAAGAGAAGAAAUUGACAAGGAUCUCUCGCAAAAAGAAAAAGCACGUUGGGGUCAAGAGAAAGCUGAGGAGCCGCAGCAUGAAGAGUUUCAGCCGGUAAAAGAGCGCAUUUCGGCGAACGUCGUUCAGUCAGCUCCCGCUACACCGCCUACGCCCGCUCCUGUACCUGUCCCUACGCCCGCUCCUGUGCAAGAAGCGCCUGGAAGCCAGCCCGAGGAACCUAAACAGAAUCUACCUGAUGUUACCCGGGUUGGAGAACCUGAUCAUCAGCAGAAGGAUAAAGAAGAGAUAACCCGGCAGCCCACGAUAGUAGUGUCGCCAGUUGGCUGGGAAGUGGAGAACUCGGAGGCAGAAGCGGAUGACGAGGACGGGUACACGGCGCGUGCACUCUACGACUACCAAGCCGCCGCUCCCGACGAGAUCUCGUUCGACCCCGACGACAUAAUUACAAACAUUGUCAUGAUUGACGAAGGGUGGUGGCAGGGCCUAUGUAAAGGUGCAUACGGAUUGUUCCCAGCCAACUACGUACAGUUACAAGAUAAGUAAGCAAUUUGACAAUUGUCGACUAUAACCUGCAUUCCUGUUAUUAGAAGCAUAAGGAAUAUAUUAGAACACCACGCCAUUAACGAGAAAGAGUCAAAAGUUUGUUAAAUAUUUUGCAUUGUAUAAAACACCUAUAAUAAGACUGUAUAUUGUAAAGCUUUUUUCGUUCGCAUGUCUACGUAAUAUUUUUUUUUAAUACUCUUUCUUUUCAAACGGGACAUUUUUUACGCCAUACCUAACGUUGCGAUACAGUAUAAUAAUGUAACUCUCGGAAGAUUGACGUGUACAGUAACACUGAAUCUAAAUUUGUAAAAAACUGGUUACUAUUUGGAGACAGUCACUGCC